ACAGACAAGUUUGACGUGUGGUAGCAUUGCCAAUCAAAAGUAAACGCACGUGUUUUCAACGCUGGUACGGCGUGCGGCUGUACCGCAGAAUAUUUGGCUAAAUUUCCUAAUUCUUUCAGUGAAAUCGUUGAAUUGUGCUAUAUCUUAAACCAAAGAUAGAAGCCAACUAGUGGUAGAAGUAGAGUUGUUUUGAAAAAAGGUGUUUUCUACAACAGUUCAACAUGGGUAGACCAGGAUUUUCUCCCAGAGGCGGUGGCGAUCGUGGUGGACGUGGACGUGGUGGAUUUGGUGCCCGUGGAGGUGGCGGUGGAGGAUUUGGUGGUGGCCGUGGAGGUGGCGACCGUAGAGGUGGUGGUGGCGGCCGUGGUGGAUUUGGAGCCCGUGGUGGUGGCGGUGGACGAGGUCGUGGCGGACCUCGCGGUGGUGCUCGUGGUGGAGCAGGAGGCCGCGGUCGAGGAGGGGCACGAAUGGGCGGGUUCAAAGGAGGCAAAACCGUGGUUAUCGAGCCACAUCGUCAUGAGGGUAUUUUCAUUGCACGCGGUAAGGAAGACGCGCUGGUUACGCUGAAUCUGGUACCCGGAUCGGAAGUCUACGGUGAGAAGCGUAUUUCGGUCGAGACCGAUGGAGAGAAGAAGGAGUACAGAGUGUGGAAUCCAUUCCGGUCAAAGUUAGCCGCCGCUGUGCUGGGUGGUGUAGACAAAAUUCACAUGCCGCCCGGCACUAAGGUGCUGUACCUUGGUGCCGCUUCCGGUACAACGGUUUCGCACGUUUCUGAUGUCGUCGGACCGGAAGGACUAGUUUAUGCCGUCGAAUUCUCCCACCGAUCGGGACGUGAUCUGCUGAACGUUGCAAAAAAUCGUACCAACAUUAUACCCAUUAUUGAAGACGCUCGUCAUCCUCACAAGUAUCGCAUGCUGGUCGGAAUGGUCGAUACCGUAUUCGCUGACGUUGCCCAACCGGAUCAGGCCCGUAUAGUAGCGCUGAAUGCGCAUAAUUUCCUCAAGAACGGUGGACACUUUGUCAUUUCAAUUAAGGCAUCUUGCAUCGAUUCAACCGCCGUUCCGGAGGCAGUAUUUGCCGCUGAGGUAAAGAAAUUACAGGCGGAAAAACUCAAACCGCAGGAACAGAUCACACUCGAACCGUACGAGCGAGACCACGCGGUAGUUGUGGGUGUUUACCGACCGCCACCGAAGAACGCGGCGUAGUAACGAUCGGUUCUCACUAUUGAGGACUUUUUCUUAGCCUUUAAGAACUAAUUUUCUUUCUAUAUUUCAACUACAAAAUGGAACAACAUUACGAAUCCACAAAUAUGUUGCUAUGUACGUAACGAUACAUAAAUGAUGCAAAAACGAUAGAUCGGUGUAAUUAUGUCGUUUAAUUUUAAUGUUUUCUUUUGGAUUAACAUCCAAUACCCGAUACGACAAAUAUGGAAAUAAAUAGAGCUAUAUUACAACACACAA